AUGGACAGGCAGGAAGUGUGUUUUCUUGUACUCUUGGACUUAAGCUCAGCGUUCGAUACAAUUGAUCAUAAAACUAUCAUUGACGUAUUGGAGUAUCAAUUUGGAGUGACGGAUAAGGCUCUUGAAUGGAUAAAAUCAUAUCUAUUGAACAGGAAACAGAGAGUUGAUCUGGAUAACAAUUUUUCUCAAGACUGCGAUGUUAAGUACGGAGUGCCUCAAGGGGGUAUGUAUUUAUGUAUCCCAACUAUAUGACAUUAUUGACAGGCACUUACCCUCUUCUCAUGGAUAUGCUGAUGACACGCAACUUUAUGUAUCCUUUCACCCAGAUUGUGAAGAUAAUUCAGAAAGUACCCUAGCCAUACUGGAAGAUUGUAUUUCUGAUGUUCGUACUUGGCUGUUGUCUCAUAAAUUAAUGUUCAAAGAUUCGAAAACGUAA